ACCUGCUGGCUUAGUGUAUUACGACAUUUCUAAACCUAAAAGACUACCUCUGCAUUAAACUUUACACAACAUGAACGCGGUGGAGGCACUUAGUGGAACACUGGCUGAGAUGAGGGCGGAAUUCAGAGAACGAAUGUCAAGAUUUGAGGCGGGGCACUGCAGUACACCAUCAAAGCUUGCAUCUGGUGGCACCUCAGGUCUGGCACAGGACUACUGGGCCUUCAAGCGGUUCACUCUUGAUGCCCUUGAGUGCCUGCAGCGGCAGAUGGAGUUCUUUGCCCGUGACAUGGAUGAGCAGGAGAUGAGAGGCCGCAGAAAGAUGCUACUGAUCCACGGAGUUCCUGAGAACAGCAAUGAGAAUACAUCAGUGGUGGUUGCAAGUGUGAUCCAGGAAAAGCUCGGUAUGGGGAACCUCGGUACCUCUGAUGUCCGUAGAUGUCGCCGGGUCGGCAGUUUCGCCAACAAAUCCAAGCCCAGACCCAUAUUGGUGAAGAUGCAGGACGUGGAUACCCGAGACAAGGUGUGGUAUGGCAAAACCAAGCUCAAGGGUACAGGCAUCACUUUGUCCGAGUUCCUUACGAAGACGCGACACCAGGUCUUCAUGGCGGCGCGAGAUAAGUUCGGUGUGGCGAACUGCUGGACUAAGGGGGGCCACAUCUAUGUUCUGGGACCGGAUGGCAUCAGACACCGCAUACUGAGUCUCGGCGAGUUGCGUGCGAUCGGCGAGCCUGCAGCAGUCACCGAGCAGUCUCCUGCAGCAGUCCCCGAGCGAUCUCCUGCGGCUGUGGCUCGGAGGGGGAAGCGCGGCGCCAAUAAAAAGUGACCCCAUUGAUCUUGCUUCGUUCGGGUAACAAAUCCAUUUUUAUUACCUUUGUUUGUAGCAACAACUCCAAUACCCUCACAAUAUAUUUAUUUCUAUUUAAUGUAUUCAUUGCGUAUCACCUCCCAAAACUUAUAAAUUGUAUUUUACCCUUUAAUUAAUAUACCUAAUUAACUUCUUUAUUUUUGUUCACUUAGCAAUAAAUUUCAUAAACUUCACCU